AGGUCAUUGCAACCUCGGUGCUCGUCGUGUAGGCUUUUCAACGUAAUUUUUUUUUCUAGUAACACCGCAAAUUAUUUUACCAGCGUGAAUCAUCAAUGCUGCAGUUUCCACUCAUCUGUGGCUGCUUCACGCAUCACGCGGAAGCGCCUGUCUGCUGCAGAAGACCUCUGCGUCUGAAACAAAUGACAUUGCGAAGGAAUAUCUACGCAAAACAUUAUCUCUCUCUCUCUCUAUACAAUCAUUACAUCCCUUUGCCUGCGUAUGAGCUGAUGGUGCAAAAAAGUUACCUGACAAGGCGGGCUCCACGGCAGGUGCGGCACGCGUCCCGAAUUCGCACGGCUUGGUAAUCCGCGUUGGUGGAAUCAUCAUCAGCAGCAGCAGCAGCAGCUGAGUGCAGUGAAGUUGCAGCUGAGGGCUGCCCGUGCUACAGGUGCGCUCCUCGUGUCAAUGGGCAGCGUGAACUCGGCACUUCAGCGCCGCAGCAAGAGCUCGGCUGUGGUGGCCCAUCCUGGGCCCGAUGGCUCCUCCUCAAGCAGCCCGAUGUCAUCCCCUCAGCCCUCUCCAUCCGUCUCUGGCAGGACACCGAUGCAGCAUCAGCAGCAGCAUCAUCAGCAGCAGCUACACACAAAUACAGUGGCCAAUGAUCUGGAUGACAAGCCUGACCUGCAAUCUCACCAUGAAAUACUUUCACGUACAAAUUUACCAGCGGCGGUGGCAGAGAGGUUGGGAAUCCCUGCAGCAUCUGAACGCAAGCAGACGUCUGCACGCAGACGGAGGACGGCCCCUGCCAGAGACCUCCAGGACGUGUCGCCACAGCAGCUGCUGGCCGAGGAAUUGCUGCCACCAGACAACCCCGACGCUGCUUCUCAAGCUGCACUCAGGCUGCGAUGUCUGGUGAAACAGCUGGAGCGGGGAGAGCUGCCCGUCCUCGACCUCCGGAAGAACCUGGAGUACGCCGCUUCAGUGCUGGAGGCAGUGUACAUCGAUGAGACCAGGCGCCUGCUGGACACAGAGGACGAGCUGAGCGACCUGCGCUCGGACACAGUGCCCUCAGAGGUGCGCGACUGGCUCGCCUCCACCUUCACGCGCCAGAUGGGCCUCAUGCUGAAGCGCUCCGAGGAGAAGCCGCGUUUCCGCAGCAUCGUGCACGCGGUGCAGGCCGGCAUCUUCGUUGAGAGAAUGUACAGACGAACAUCCAGCAUGGUGGGACUCAGCUAUCCCCCAGCAGUCAUCUCUGUCCUGAAGGAAGUAGACAAGUGGUCCUUUGAUGUGUUUGCACUGCACGAGGCCAGUGGUGAGCACGCCCUCAAGUUCAUUGUGUAUGAGCUCUUCACCAGAUAUGACCUCAUAGCGCGAUUCAAGAUCCCUGUGUCGUCUGUGGUGUCAUUUGUGGAAGCUCUGGAGGCUGGAUACAGCAAGCACAAGAACCCCUAUCACAAUUCGGUCCACGCAGCUGACGUCACCCAGACUGUGCACUACCUGAUGCUCAAAACGGGCACAAUACAUUGGUUAAAUGAGCUGGAGAUCUUAUCUAUGAUCUUUGCCGCUGCAAUCCAUGACUACGAGCACACGGGCACCACGAACAACUUCCACAUCCAGACACGGUCAGACUCGGCGAUCCUUUACAACGACCGCUCAGUGCUUGAGAACCACCACGUGAGCGCUGCCUACCGCCUCAUGCAAGAAGACGAGGAGAUGAAUAUCCUUAUCAACCUGUCCAAGGAUGACUGGAGGGAGUUGCGUGCCUUGGUGGUGGAGACCGUGCUUGCUACGGACAUGUCCUGCCACUUUCACCAACUCAAGUCCAUCAAGAACCUUCUGCAACAACCUGAGGGUGUGGAAAAACCCAAGGCGAUGUCCCUAAUGCUGCACACCGCAGACAUCAGCCACCCAGCGAAGAACUGGAACCUGCACCGACGCUGGACCAUGUCACUGAUGGAAGAGUUCUUCAGGCAGGGGGACAAGGAGGCAGAGCUUGGGUUGUCCUUCUCACCACUCUGUGACAGAAAUGCGACCAUGGUUCCUCAGUCGCAGAUUGGUUUUAUCGACUACAUCGUGGAGCCUACCUUCACGGUGCUGACGGACCUCUCCGAGUUCGUGGUGGCUCCUCUCAUCGACGAGGCGGCACGGGCCGGCACGACCAGCUUUCGACGCAGCAGCCUGAACAGCAUCGCGCUCUCGGACGGGCGAAGGUCGAGUGCUCGCAGCAUCGCCUCGGAGGGGAAACACCCCCCGCCCCGCACCGCCAUGCUCGCAGUCGACCCCAAAACGUUCCGAGUGUCCUGGACCGACAUCAUUACACAGAACAAGGAGAAGUGGAAGGACCAGGCAUCCAAAGAUGCUGAGGAGAAAGCUCGGAGAGACGAAGAAGUCAGAAAGCAAGAGGAGGAGCUUGAGAGGAAAGCCCAGGAGGAGAAGGAGGAGCAGGAGAAACAGCAGGAAAUGGACAGUGAUAAAGGAGCUGAUGCGAAAGUGGACGGUGGAGAGACUCGUCCCGAAAAUGGGAUUCAGGAAGAUGGGGACAUCUCCAACAUGGACAGCAGUGCACAGGUGCAAAUUGGCAACAAGCGCCAAUCCUCCACCGCCCAAGAUGGUGAAGCAGGAGGUGAAGACAAGAAGAGUACGAUUCCUCACGAGCAGCAGCAGCAGCCGUAAGAUGCAGUCCCACCAAGCACAAGAAUACUAAGUCUCAUCAGCUGCUUUUGCUAUGCAGUAUGCUUGGGGUUAUGAAGUUGGUUUUCACAACCAAUCUCAGUGCCACAAAAAAGGAAAAUUAUUUAAAUUUGAAAAACAAUGCCGAAUAAUGCUUUAAAAUUGUAAACGUUGAAUAGACAAAUCUUUAUUCAGAUUCUAUUUAUUUUUUUGAAUUGUACUAGCUCAUUAACAAAGGAUAACAGAUUGUUUUAAGCUACUGUACUGUUCGGCUUUUGGUUGUCAAGGAUAUGAAUGCAAUAUAAUACUAAGAAAAACACACGACACAUAUCCCAGCAGUGUGUUCCACGAGUUUGAGUCACAGUACUCGUGUCCAAAGUACAGAGUACCUGGAUGCUCUCAGGUAAAGUGGUCCGGCAGUUGCACUAACUGUGCAGCAAAAGGACACAGGGCGGAAUGCUGUGUGCUGUCUUCGUUUCCUGCUUCUCGUCCCGUUAUCUCGUCUUCGUCUCUCGCCAUCGCCUACUGGAAUGCUUUUAGGAUCACGAAUUUGAGAUGCUGGUGAUGUUGUGUGACACCAGUGCAGUUACUGACAUAUGUUCUCUCUUAUCCAGUGUCAUGUGAAUUAUAAUCCAGACCUCCAUUGCAGCACAAAGUAAAGCAUUCAUAUGUUUUACUGCCAAUGUCAGAAAGAAAAAAAAAACUUCAACCAUAAUCCCUGUGUGAAAUUUCCCAGUACCCAGGAGUCAAUGCCACGUUCCUUGAUAUGAAUCAUUCGGAGCUGAUGCAUUCAUGUAACAUCGUAGCGAAUGGCCAACAAUUUCAACUGCAAGCCAAUGGAUGCAACAGACGUAAGAACCAAUUACUUUGUGCUGUGUUUGGUCUUUGGAAAGUGUCCAAACUUACGUGUACAAGAAAUUACAAGCUUUAAAAGUGUGCUGUUUAAAUUGUUGCUCAAGUCUUUGAAAGGUAUGUACUCGCUUUUGUCUUCGUGCACCAUGGUAAUGGGGACGUGUCCUCUUAGACUGUAUAUGUGUAUAAAGCUGAUUAUAUAACUUAAAUUACCAGCAGAAUUGUGUAAUAUACACAAGGUUUGCAGUAGCUAACAAAGCUUACAAGUUUGUUUAAUACACAUUGGCCAGCAUUAUAUAAACCGACAAAUAUUUACUGUGUUUGUAUCUUGUAUUUACUUGUCUGUCAUCUCCGCCUUUCAAGUCUUUUAUUUAUUCCUUUUUUUAAAUUAUGACACGUGCUUCUGUAUCAGCCAGCAAUUUAUCUUCCAUGUAAAUAAAAAAAACAACCGUUUUGUUUU